GAGUGUUGCGGAGCGCGGGCUGAGCUGCCCUGACCAAUCAGAGACCAGGCACUUUUGAAUUUUCAGCAUGAUUCAAGCGCGCGCUGCCGCUGCGUCUUUCGUGCUCGGUUGAUAGUGGCUGAAACCUCAAAUCUUGGUCUGCUUCAACCUGAAACUGUGGAGGGAACAAUUGAACUUUUACCAGUGUGCAGCAUUUAAUCCGGGCUACUGAAUGAACUUUUAAAGCUUAGUGAGGAUCCCUGCUGGAGGCAUUUCAAAUAACCACCUUAUUGCUAUCUGAAACUGGAGCCCUUGAAGCUUUUAAUAUUUUGGUGGGGGAAAUUGCCAUGGCAGCCGGGGGUCCCCUCAAAGAGCUCUGUGAUGAAACUACUUGUCCCAUUUGCCUGGAGUAUUUCAAAGAUCCAGUGAUCAUUGGCUGUGGGCACAUUUUCUGCCAAGCUUGUAUUACCCAGUGCUGUGGCCAGUCAGACACAGACACUUGUUGUCCUCAGUGCAGAGAAACGAUUCAGGCAAAGAAUGUCAAACCAAACCGACAACUGGCAAAUGUUGUGGAACUCGUCAAGAAACUUCAGGAGGGAAAAAGAGCAGAAGAAAAGAGUGGAAUAUGUGCAAGGCACCAGGAGCCCUUGAAACUCUUCUGCAAGGAUGAUGAAGCUCCCAUCUGUGUGGUGUGUGACAAAGCCAAAGACCACAGGAACCAUGAGGUGAUUCCUUUGGAGGAAGCUUAUGAAGAGUAUAAGGAAGUAAUCCAAGACCAGCUGCCAUCUCUGGAGAAAGUGAGAGAGAAGUUUACGGAACAGACGGUGGCUGAAAAGCAGCGAGGCCAGGAGUGUCUGACAAAGGUGCAGGAUGAGAGGCAGAAGAGCUUGUCUGCCUUUGAUCAAAUGCAGAAGUUGCUUGAGGAGAAAAAGAGUUUCUGGCUGGCUCUGCUGGAUGACCUGGAAAAGAAGACCAAGAAGAGACAGGAAGAAAAUGUCACCAGGCUCUCGGAGGAGAUUCUUAGUCUCUCUAACUUGAUCACAGAGAUGGAAAGGAAGAGCCUGCAGCCAGCAAGUGAGUUCCUGCAGGACAUCAGCAGCAUCUUGAGCAGGUGUAAGGAAGCACAAGGGAAGCAACUGGUGGACUUUUCUCCAAAUCUGGAGGAAACACUCAGGAUUUACACUGAGAAAAAUUCUGCUGUAGAAAAGGCUGUCGAAAAAUGUGCAGAGUCUCUGGAGGAAGCACUGCACAAAGUGAACGUGACUCUGGAUCCAGACACGGCACAUCCUGAACUCAUUCUGUCGCAGGAUCUGAAGAGUGUGGAAAAUAGAGGGGGAUAUCAGCAACAACCUGGCAACCCUGAGAGAUUUGAUGUUGGGCCCUGCAUUCUGGGUCGUGAGAAAUUCACUUCAGGAAGGCAUGAGUGGGAGGUGAAUGUAGAGGGGGCAUUAUCCCAAUGGGCUGUGGGAGUCGCACGAGAGUCUGUCAAGAGGAAGGGAAAUAAGAGCCUAACUCCUAAUGAAGGAUUCUGGGCUGUGCAGGUGAAAAGCAUACCUGACUUUUAUGGAUCAAUGCGAAGUUGGGAACUCUUAGCUUUGACAUUCCCUCGGCCAACCAAAUUGUCCUUGGGAAGUAAGCUCAGAAGGAUCUGUGUAUCCCUCGACUAUGAAGAAGGCUGUGUAGCAUUUUCUAAUGUGGAUACAGGCAAGCUGCUCUUCCAUUUCUCUUCUGCCUCUUUCUCUGGAGAGAGGAUCUGUCCCUUUUUCUUGGUGUAUUCAGGAAGCAGACUGAAGUGCUGAAUCUCAAGAACUCCCGCCACUGAAUAUGGAUGACAUAAUAGUGUUCCUUCUAUACUUGCCUGAGAGCAAGAUUGUGAUAGAGAAACUUAAUGGUCUCCAAGCAAGACACCACUGCUGUGGCCUUUACAAGCUCUCUCUUCUUCUUUUCUUUCUGCCAUGGCUGCUCUUGCACACAGUCUUUCACUGUCAUGGACACAGUACUGUACUCAUUCUCCCUCCCCUUACCUCCUGCUGCUGGAGCCACUGCCCUCUCUCUCUCCCUCCCCUCUUCUUCCACUGUAGCUGCUAUUCUCUCUCGUGCUUCUUUUCCUCCUGUUGUCUCUGCAGCCACUUUCUGUCCAGUUUGCGCCCAGUUGUGAGUAGCUGAAUGAGUCCUUCCCUCUCACCCCCAAGUGAGAGGGGAAAGUGCAUCAACCCCCGUACUGCCUUGUGAGCAGACUGGAAAAUGGGGGUGGUCGCAUUGCCUGGUAAGGGGAUGGAUACACUCUUUCCUCUCGUUGAAGUAUGAGAAAAGGACUUGUUCAACCACUUACAGCUAUGCAAACUGGCAGGAAGUGGUGGCAUUGGCCACUGCAGUAGCAGGAGGAAGAAGAGUGGGAGGGGAAGCAAGAGAGAGGAAGAGUCAGAAUGGCAAGCCAAGGGCUGGGGCCUGUGCCCAGGGGGCUAGCACUGGACUGGAUUGCAUAAUAGAGGGUGAUGGUUGGGCAGGUGGCCCCCUGAACACUUGGCAGGGCCUUUGACAUCACCCCAAAAGGGGGGGAUCGUGCCCCAGGCAGGUUGGCGGCAGCCCCCACUGCAAAAAUAGUUAGGAAUAGUGAAUGACCAUUUUAAAUGACUAUUUUCUCUAUCCUCCCCCCAAUACAAAACAUAAAGUUUAAAACCUUUUUUGAAGGGGUUCUUGUGCCCUUUGAAGGCUUCAUGGUGGUAGGCAGAAAUGCAGCAUUCAUCCUUUCCUGUCGUUGCAUCUGUUGAAGUUUGAGUGUCAUGAUGCUUUUAAAGACACAGGGGAGAAAAGCCCUGGGAGGAAAAAAGAACUGAACUUUUGCCCUGCCACCCCUCUGCCCCAAUAAUGUUCUUAUCAAGCGGGUUUCUGUUGUUGUUUGGUAAAGAUGACACUACAAUGUGAAGAAAGCAGUUGACUCUCCCUAUUGUGAGUUACAUUGACGUUUUCUAACUCUUCAACUUUUGCCCCACACAUGGAGGAUUCUAGGAUCUGCAGCUGAGAACUGGAGGUGUUAUUGUAGAUCAAACCACUCUAAGGAGCCAGGUGAUCGAGGUUAUUUCUCUUCUGAGUGUAAUCAAGAUAGAACCCCCUGUAGAGUUCCAUGCUAGAAGUCGAAGAACAAAAGACAUGAGGAGAAGAGGGCAAUGGUGUUAGAAAAGCAAGGUGAUCAGACCAUCCUGGGGGACUGUUCUGUCUUUCAGAUCCAAUUUAAUCAGGAAAAGCCCCAAUUUAAGCUCCCCUCUGCAAGUAUGUCAGGUUUCAUGUGCUGAUGCUUGCAUAUGUGGAAUGUUAUUGGCUUGGUGUUAAGAGUGCCAGUUCUUUGUGUUCUGCUGAAUCCUGGUUUUGAAAUUCUACUGUUUGAUUUGCUUUUGCUUAGAAUUUUUAUAUUUUCCAUCCAUCCACUUUAUUACGGCCAAUGGCCAAAUAAAAUACAACUACAGAAUAAUACAAUCAGGUUACAGAGUAAAAGCAGAUAAUAAUAAAAUAAAACAAAAAGAAAAUCUAUAUUAUUAAUCCCCGUAGACGUGCCUCUGGGGGGAUGCGUCCCGGCAACCCAGCGGAUUGGCUGGGCGGCGGAGGUGCCGGAUUGGCUGGGCGGUGGAGCUCACGCGCGGCAGGAUUCAGGAGACUGUUGAGCUGCUGCCCAGGGAAAUGGCGGACGGCGGCGGGACCAGCCGUGGCGGGCACUGCGCGCCGCCAGUGUGAGGAAGCGGCAGCAGGAGCAAACGGGCCAGCA